AUGAAUAUAGACGAGUGUGCUAGAAAACCAUGUCAACGUGGACGCUGUGUGAACCAAGAUGGCGGAUACAAAUGUACCUGCUCACGUGGAUGGAGGGGACAGAACUGUCAAAAAGUCGCCACUGACUGCAACGCUGAAUCCUGCCUACAUGGAGACUGUGGGAACAAAGAUGGCGGAUACAAGUGCACCUGUAGGCAAGGGUGGCCUGGACAGAACUGUAACCGGGAUCCCUAUGAUUGGGCACGUAAAGGUUCCACCAGGUACAAGGUAUUUCUGGAGAGGAAGUCGUACACAGCGGCCCAGCAGACAUGUGCGCAGAAUCGCGGUCUACUUGCAGUGAUUAAGACGGAGGCUGUGUACAAGUUUCUCCUUACUUUAAUUCGGAGGGCUGAUCCAAGAAGAGAUUACUGGUUUGGGAUGAACAAUUUGGCCAAUGGAAACAAAUGGAUGUGGUUAGACGGAACACCACUGGAUGACUGCAGCUUCAGAAAAUGGGCUCCGGGAGAACCGAACAAACAACAACCUUACCAGAACUGCGCUCAUCUAUGGGCAGCUAGAGGCCAUCAGUGGGAUGAUCAGUACUGUGACGGGCAAUAUGGGGAAGCGUCCUUUGUCUGCCAAAUAGGUCCAGGAGAGGACUGCGACAAAGGAGGCGAUGGAUACACCAGCCUGGGUUGCUGGCAAGACACUUACGACAAACUCUUGCCGUCACUCGAGGGGGCAGAUCCACGCCUUGAUGGCCACUUUUUUUACCGUCAAAACGGCAUCGAAAAGUGUUACCAGGUUGCACUUUCUCGCGGUUUUACCGUGUUUGGUGUGACGUAUGGUGGCGCGUGUGUUGGGUCUGCUGAUGGACAUAACAAGUACAUGAAGCGCCGGCGUACAACUGGCUGUACACGGGACGGCAAAGGUGGACAUAUGGCCAUCGAGGUUUAUCAGAUUACAGCUCCACGUGUACGUUGUAAGCAAGGAUGGUCCAAAUACAAACAGCACUGCUACUGGCUGGGCCGGGGAUCUCCCGUUGACUGGCCUAGAGCAAGGUCACUAUGUGAACGUCAUGGUGCAGAUCUUGCCUCCAUCAAAGACGCUGACGAGAACAACUUCAUUACCAGUCUCAUCUCGAAUGGUGGGCAAUAA